AUGACCAAUUCAAGGUGGUAUCUGAAACUCCUCGACUCCGGCUUCGAAGAGAAUGGAAUCAGGCCCGUUCCACCAGAGGAACGAACACAGACCGAAUACAACGAACUGUUCACCGUUUUCUUCACCUGUCUCCUAUGCGUGUUGCCGUUGCCAACGGGUGCUCUUGGAACAGCCGUGUAUGGGCUGAAACUCCGAGAUGUAUCGUUGAUCAUCAUCUUCUUCAACAUCAUAACUUGUAUCCCGCCGGCAUUCAUCGGAAUCGGAGGAGUUCAAACGGGCAUGCGACAAAUGAUCCAGGCUCGGUAUUCGUUUGGGCUUUUCUUUGGCAUGAUCCCACUUCUCCUCAAUGCCGGGACCGUUACUGGCUUCACUCUUAUCGGAUCUAUUGUCAGCGGACAGGCUAUCGCGGCAGUGAACCAAAGCGCCCAUGUUAGUGUGAAUGUCGGUAUCGGAAUCGUCUGCGCUCUGAGCUUCGUCACGGCGUUGCUAGGAUAUCGAGCCAUCCAUAUGUGGCAACGGUGGCAAUGGCUACCCAACUUGAUCGGGAUUGUCAUCGCGGUUGGGUGCGGAGGCAAACAUCUCGUCCACCAGGCCGAUGCAGGGCCGGCAACAGUAAAAAGUGUCAUCGGAUAUGGCAGCUUGAUGGCUGGAUACUUCAUGACCUUUGGUGGGACAGCGUCCGACUUCACCGCUUACCACAAUCCAAGCGGAUCCAAUCUCAAGGUAUUCACCUAUGUGUAUCUGGGGCUGCUCACCCCUUCCACGCCACUUCUCAUCCUCGGGGCAGCGAUAGGAGGUGCUCUACCUAACGUUCAGUCUUGGCAGACAGCGUGGGAUUCAUACGGGAUCGGGGGCGUCUUGGCGGAAAUGCUUGAACCCGCCGGUGGAUUUGGGAAGUUCGUGCUCGUAAUUCUCGCACUGAGCGUCGUCGGAAACAUGGUUUUGUCGAAUUACUCGGUCGCCCUUUGCCUGCAGAUGCUCCUCCCCAUCUUCGCCAAGGUCCCCCGGUUUGUUUUUAUAUUCGUCACGAUGGCCAUCAUGAUCCCUAUGGCCAUCUAUGCUGCAGCGGAAUGGGCCACCUCGCUUGAAAAUUUUCUGAGCCUCAUCGGAUACUGGGCUGGGUGUUUUGAUGCCGUCGUCAUCGAGGAGCUAGUGGUGUUUAGGAAGUCGGACUACACCACAUUUGACCCACGAAUCUGGAACAAAUGGCGGAGUCUUCCUCCAGGAUUUGCGGCCAUUGGUGCUUCACUGGUCAGCCUUGCGGUGGUAAUUCCUUCGAUGGAUACGACGUGGUAUUCUGGGCCCAUUGGCGAACACAUUGGCGACAUUGGAUUCGAAUCGGCAUUCGUCGUCACAGCACUCGCAUACUAUCCGUUGCGCACAUUGGAGAUCAAGUGGACAGGCCGCGUCUGA